CGGGCUGCGGGCAGGUGGCGGCGCGGCGCGAGCCGGCGGCGGCGGGACCUCGGAAACUUGGGCUUCCCUUCCGCGGCUCGUGUCUGCCCAGGACGUGUGCAGACGGCCUCCUUGGCGAUGAGAUGUGACGGUGACACCCUUGGCCUUCCCCGGCAGUCCCUGCUCCCCGCCCAGGACCCGCCGGCUCGGCUGUUGCUCCUCCAUCUCCGAUGUCCUUAAUCCCCAUGGAGCCACAACUGUAACCAUGGCGACGCGGGUCGAGGUCAGCUCCAUCGCGUCCCUGACGGCGGUGCCGGGCCUCGGUGACAUUGGCAAGGAGGAGACCCUGAAGCGGGCCUACUUCCGCCAGGCUGCUGACCCCCCGGGGGCUCCCACGGCCCGGAUCUUGGAGGGGAAAGGCAUCCUGAGCAGCUCAGGGCCCCUGUUCCCUCUGCCGAGACUCGCCCCCAAGCCCUUCUCCAAGGAGCAAGCCCCGGAUGCGAAGCCCCCUGUCCCCUCUCUGUGGCCUGGCCCACCCAGGCCGGCCCCGUCCGAGGAGGGGGCUGCAAAGGACCUGGACAGGAGGGUACCGAGUCAGGUGGGGCAGGAGGUGGGCGGCGGGGGAGGCCCACAGAGGAGCCCGGCUGUGCUCAGCAAGACCGCGUUCCUGCGGCCCAGCCCCUCCGCCAUGACUCUCUUUGAAAGCACACAGAGGAAAGGGAAGGGGGUCGGCCAUGGGCCCCAGGAGCCCCCCUCUGGCUCCCGGCCUGAGGUGGCCGCCAAGCCCGCCGUGCCCGCCCGCAAGCCCAUGGCGCCCCUUCCUCGGCCGGCCUCCGUCCCGCAGGACACAAAGCCGCCUGCGGCCCUAGAAGGGACCAACCUAGACCAGCCUGGCCCCACGGCCAGCAGUGUGGAGGAUGCGGCCGGGCCCGCUCCAGAGCCCAAGCCUCGCCUCAAGCGCAGGCCCGUGUCUGCCAUCUUCAUGGAGGCCCUUCAGCCCCAGAAGCCGGGCCCGGGCGGGCUGGCUGGGGUGGGGAAAGCACCCCCCACCCCGCCCGAGAAGACCUGGGAGAGGAGGCCCAGGCCCCUGUCCGUGGACCUCACAGCCAGGUUCGAGAGCAGAGAGGCCUUGCUGAGGAAGGCGGCCGAGGAGGGACAUGGGGGCCCCCUGGGCUCCAACGUCGAGAAUCGAGGGCCAGAGAGGCCCAACCCAGACAGCCCCAGAAGCCCGGGGGGCUCGGCCAGGGUCAUCCCCAGGAAUGAGCAGCGCCCUUGGGAAGAGAAAGCCAGGCCGGACGGUGAGGAGCCAGAGAGGGCGCCCCCCUCCCCUUUGCCCAAGCCGGGCAAAGGCCCAGACCUUGCCGAGCUCAAGAGCAGAGGCGCUGAUGGGGAGAGCGUGGACCGGUGCAGCGUGGCCGGUGCAGCGUGGACUGCCAGGGGCUCCGUCAGGAAGCGCCUUAGCCUGUUUGGGGAGGAGAGCACCUUGGCUGCAGCAGCAGGGCCCGAAUCCCCCCUGGCCACUCCCGAGCCCCCAGCGCCAGUGCCAGAGCCCGAGAAAGGGGGCCUGAGCGUCCAGGAGCGGAUCAAGGGCUGGGCUGCUGAGAGCGCCGAGGCGAAGCCGGAGCUCAGGAGGAGGACGUUCCAGGCGCGGCCACUGUCGGCGGAUUUGACCAAACUGUUUUCAAGUUCCGCUUCAAGACACGAGGUCAAAUAUGAGAAGAGUUCUGAGCCGAGCGGGGAGCUUCCGAAGGAACGGAGAGAGAAGCCCAAAGAGGGGCACGGUUUGGAUGGAGCAUCUGCCCCGAGAAGCCCCUGGAAGCCUGGGACCCUGUGGGAGAAGUCCAGGCAGACAGAAAGGAAAGACAGCUCCACCCAAGAGCCAGGCCGCUCGCUGAGGCCCUGGGAAGCCACCCCGGAAGACGACAGGUGCUUCCAGACAGUGUGGGCCACGGUGUUUGAGCAUCACGUGGAGAAACACAGCGUGGCUGACCAAUCAGGACGCUGUCUGUCAGCCACGCCCCCUAGUGACCUGGGCGGCACCCAAAGCCCGGAGGAGCCCAGAGCCAGGCCCGAGAAAGGACCCAGGCUGGGGAGGGACCCCCCUGAAACAGCCCCCCUCAGGAAGAGCUCCAAGUGGCCUGGAAAUCCCGAGACAGAGAAGCUGGACAGAGACCCAGGACGGUACCCCUUCCGCAAGCACUCGGGAAGCCCCCCGGCGUCCCAGAGGGUCGAGCCCAAGUUCGAUGUCGUGCACACGGUGGGGGAGCGGGCGCACAGCGAGGCGGUGGCCACGGCGCCCGAGGCCACAGCCCUGACACUCCGGAGCCGCACGUCUCGGCUCUCGCUGCCCGUGCGCCAGCUGUCCCAGGAGGCUGCCAGCCCUGCUGACCCGGGAGGCCAGGCGGGGGCUGUCCAGAAGGCCAGUCUGAUUUGGGAAGCUCGAGGGACGCAGGAGGCCGGCGGGGGCACUGGCUGCUCGUCUCCCAAGUGGACGGCGGGGGUGACCUUGAACUGGCAGAAAGCGCCCUUGACGGGCCGCGAGGAGCCGGGCGCUCCCGAGGCCGGCUCUGCCAGGGCUGUCAAAGCUGAAGCUGCCCUGUGGGAGUCCCCGCAGCAGGGCCCUGGCAGGGCCAGCACCAAGCCGGGAGGCUGCGUCUCAGCCACAGAAAGGGGGCCACCCCAGGGUGGCUCUCUGGACCCCGCUUUGAAGGCCAAGGCUGAGCCCUCUGACGCCCAAGCGCGAGAGCCUCCAGACUCGGUCUCUGUGCAGAGAGGAUCCCUCGUCCUACCUGCCAGCGAGGGCAACCCGAGGCUGGCCCAGCUCCUGGAACCUGAAGUCCAGCUGCGGCGAGCCGGGCCCACGGACCAGAGAGCGGACAGGUGGAGGCGGCGGACACUGCCCCACGACGUGAAGUUCGACACGUUCAGCUUCCUCCCCGCCGAGAACUCGGUGAAGCCAGAGCAGCGAGGAACAAGCGACUCGGCCCCCACGGCCAAUGCCUCAAAGAAGCCUCACCCUCGGGCACAGACCCAGGUGAUCAACGCAGGUGCUGCCCAGGACCGAGUUUCCCCGGCCGUGAGGCACGGGUCCCCUGCGGAGCCCAAGGCCACCUUUUUCGCAGUUACCUAUCAGAUCCCUGACAUCCAAAAGGCAAAGAGCAUUGUGAAGCCAGCACCCGAACACGUGCUGGAACAUUCUAGAAAGACCCCCCCACCUCCGUCUCCUCGCUCUUCAACGGCUCCUUUGGUUUCUCUUCGCCGCGAGGAGCUGUUGGAGACCACAGGCGGUCAGAACUGGGCUGAGGGACGAGAGUGUGAGGACGUGAUCAGUGUUCCUAAAACCCCGCCGGCUAUAGAGCAUCCGGCCCCCGCGGGCGACAGGAUCAUCGACGUGGACGCUCUGAGGCUCCAGCGGGGGUCAGAACGAGACUCUGGUUUUCAUAAGGUGUCCCCUGGCGGCGGCCUGCCCCAGGCCACGCCCACCCCACACAGUCACCCCAGAGCCAGGGAUGUGCAGGGGAGACGGAGGACGGAGGUGGUCAGUGACACCUUCCCGGGGAAGGUCCGAGAUGGCUACAGAUCCAGUGUCGUGGACCUUGACGUGCUGAUGGCCGAGUACAGGGAGCAGGCCGUGAGAGUCUCGGAGGAGGCCCAGGAGAAGUCCGGCCCGCCCGGUGGGCUGGCGUGGAGGAGGAGGAGCUGGAAGGAGCCCCCCGAAGCUGAGCAGCUCUGGAAAGAAACUGGUGUCACUGAUGCCAGCCACGUUCCUGCUCCUACUCUCAGCCUAGGCAGGCAGCCCGCAGAGACCCCGGGGGCAGCCCCCAGUGCCAAGUCCAGCCCUCCCCUGUGGGCUCUUCCCCACCCAGCUCCUCCCGAAAAGCACCCAGGGUCCCCCGCUGCCCCCGAGGGUCCCAGGAAGAAACUCUUGGGAAUCGUGGUGGAUGAAAAGCAGGCGUUUGCCAGUAAACCCCGCGAGGCUGUGGGUCGGGAUUCCCCAGCUGAGACCAAGCCCUCCGGUCGGGAGGACCUGGGCAGCGGAGCCAGGGGGUCCCCCAGGUCGCCCCCUGCAGAGCGGAAGAAAGGGACCUCCACGACAGCCGCCGGGCAGGCGGAGGAGGAAGGCAGUGCGGCCCAGUGGGGUGACCACCCACGUGACGGUGUGAGAUCACCCCUGGAGGUCAAGAGGGCCAGCUCGGAGAGGGGCCACCCUGCCCGAAUCCGAGAGGGCCUGGCUGUCAUGCAGGAUGCCCGAGAGAGGAGGCAAGAGCAGCCCACCGGCAGGCCCAGCCCCCCUGCAGAGAACGUGGAAGCCAAAACAGGGCCCGGUCCGUGGGAGCCCAGGACUCGAGAUGCUCACAAGGUCCCACCGCGAGACCUGGGGAGAGGGGCUGCCUUCCCCGAGGACGAGCAGCAGCCCCGACAGGCGUCCCCCACAGCCCUGGGCCCCCGCAGAAGCCACAGUUUCCACAAGGACAAGAGGAGCGGGCCCUUCAUGGGCCAGCUGAAGCAAUGCUUCUCCAGGAGGACAGCCGAGGCCAAGGACACCGACACCCUCGUCAACGAGGCCGACAGCCAGUAUGGGACGUGGACAGACCAGCGCCAAGGCCGGGACAGCGUGGCCUCCGAGUCCCCGUCCCCGGACAGCAGCGCCACGGCGUGGAAGCAGCCCCCCAGCAGCCGCCUGUCCUCCCUGUCUUCCCACACGGAGACCGCCUCGGCUGCGGAGCCACACGACUCGUCCAGGGAGCAGCGCAGCACCAGCGUGGACCGCUCCAGCGCCGAGCUGGACUCCACUGACGGGAGCGAGGGGCCGCCCGGCCCAGAGACCGGCCCUGCCAGGAGAGCCGACGACUUCUCCUUCAUCGAUCAAACCUCCGUUCUUGACUCAAGUGCUCUCAAGACCCGGGUGCAGCUCAGCAAGAGACGCCGCCACCGGGCUCCCGUCUCCCACGCCCUGCGGCGCAGCCGGUUCAGCCAAUCGGAGAGUGGCUGUCCUUUGGCGGAAGAGACUGACAACAUGUGGAUGUUCAAGGACUCCACAGAAGAGAAAUCGCCCCGGAGGGAGGAGUCCGACGAGGAGGAGGAGAAGCCGCCCAGGGCCGAGAGGAUGCCUGUCAGCCGCCCUCAGAGAAUGCCCAUGUUCCCAGGGGUGGAUCCAGCAGUGCUGAAGGCUCAGCUGCACAAGAGGCCCGAGGUGUCUGAUGGUCCCGGCGAGACCCCCAGCUGGGCCCCCCAGCCCAAGACCCCCAAGACCCCCUUCCAGCCGGGGGUGCUGGGCAGCCGAGUGCUGCCCUCCAGCAUGGAGAAGGAUGACAGCUCGGAGGAGCCCUCCCCGCAGUGGCUAAGGGAGCUGAAAUCCAAGAAGAGGCAAAGCCUGUAUGACAAUCAAGCUUGACCAGGCCGAGACCAUGUCACAUCUGACUAACAGAAGCCUUAAGUGUCAAAACUCACCAACCAGGCCGAGCUGCCACCCUUCCUGCACCACGCUUACGUGCCUGGGCCCUCCCCGACGGGUGGAGCCCCCCGCCCUCAGCAGGUUCUCCGUGGAUCUGGACAGGAAGGCCCGCCCUCCACAAGCACCUGCUCCCUGCCCCACACGGCACCUCCAGCUGGGAACGAAGCCCCGCCGGCCAGACACGGGCGCCGGUGGCCUCGCCCCCGAUGAGAACGUUUGCAUCUCGACUCACUUGAGACCCCUUCCCCUGCUCCAGGGACACCGCAGGAGGCUGCUUCAUCCCCUCCAGUUCUGGGGGUGGGGGGAGGAAAACAACCCACCCGAAUCGUGACCGCUCCUGUUUGAGCCCAGGGCCCGGCGAUGUUCAGCAAGGCUGUCUCCCAGGAACAUGACACCGCUCGCUUCCUGCUGGGGCUGGUGGAGGCGCCCCCCACGGGGUGCCAUUUCUGAUUGCUCUGUUUGACCAGUCCGUUCUUCCCCUCAAGGGAUCAGCAGACACCACAUCCCCUGCCCCCGAUUCUUUUAAGUGUAUUUCUCCUUCUGGUGGGGGCCGCGUGCGUGCGUAGCUGAACUCAAGUCAUUUGUGUGUCACUUUGGUGUGCUUUCGAAGGUGAUCCAGCAAUGAUUCAGGCCAUCCUCUUCGACCUUGGGCUGUGUAUGUGUUUAUAUCGAAGGCAGGAAGGCAGGUGCAUCCGUAGUUUCCAAGUACCCGGACCCUUCAGACUCUCUCAGCCCCCAGCCCAGCUUUGUGUCUGUUUCCCUGGUUUCUUUUCAUCUGACCUCUGGCUUCUUUAGGCCUCGAGGGUCCAUAAACUACAGCCCGACUGGAGGUGCCCACGGCCCUCAGACGUCAGACCUGCCCUCGAAUCUUCCGCUCUGGUCUGGUCUUGAACGCAGCCUGGCCUAAGCCGUUGCAGGUCCACCUCGGAACAAGUGCAUGAGUGAGGGAUACUUCCUGUUCAGUCACGCCUCGCCCCUGCCCCAGCUCUGCUUUUCUUGGUCCAAGUGGUCAUCUUGCUGGAGGGAACCCCCCUCCCCGCCCCAUCCUGGGACACAGGACCCGGAAUGCUGGAUGCUGGUGAUGAAUGACGAAGUGCAAGCCUUGCCUUACCUUGUUUUUUGUUUUUCCUACUGUUGUCAAUAUCCUUCCCGGGACCCUCCAAGACCUCGGAGGGCUCCCGACACCCUCCGCUCUGCCCUUCUCUCUGGAAAUCCUCAGCGCCAGUCCCCUCUCCUGGAGCCCCCUGCAGCAGCAGCAGACAGCCUGGCUGUACUUGGCCUCUGCUGUGCCUGCAGUUGCCAUAGAGCCUGAGCCAACCUUGUCAGGAGACACCCAGGGGUGAUAACCCCCAACAGAUCGUAGGGCAGCACAUGCUUGCUGAGGGGCCCUCGGCUGAGUUUCCCUGUAGAUCCACAUCCAACACAGGCUUGUCUGGGAGAGGAGGGGGCCCGAGUGUCCCCCUCGCUGACUUCCCUAGAGGUAGAGGUUUUUCUUGGUAGAUUCGUUAUUUGCAAAUGGUGUCAGACCUGUCUCCCUCCUCCUUAUUUGUCUAACCGAUCUCAUCUUUCUCCCCCACCCUGCACGCAUCUCCCUUUGCUGCCUCUUGUCUUGAGCUGAGGGGUGGAGAGCAAUCCUGGGUCCCUCCAGGUUCUCCCACACUUGUACAUCCACAGAGGAGCUGGUGUUCAGCACCAGGGACAGCAGCCUUGGGACCUGAGUCCUGUUGGCUCAGCUUUGGCUACUGAUGGCUGCUAGCUGGCCGCUGUCCCAGGAUGGGGCCUGCAUCUGGACUGCCAGCAUCUGUAGGGGGAUGUGUUGUUCCUGCUUUGGGGAAAACUCUGUGUUCUCUUCAUCCCCCUAGUAGCCAGUCAGUUCUCAGGAACCGCUUCUGUUGCUUACUGAUCUUAAAAAGAUCAGGUCAUGUUUGUCACCUUUUCGAGGUAGUGUCUUUUUGAAUCAGUGGGCUCCCCCCCCCCUCACUGAACAUGCACCUCACUAUUGGAACCCUGACUUCUUUUUGUGGCUGCUGCUUUUCCAUCAUUCUAGUGGAAAAGGCCCCUUCAGUCCAUCCGGGGCCAUGGGUGAAGCCUACUUUGGAGCACCUUGAUACCCCGCUGUGCAGACUCUGAAGCCUCCAAGUACCCUGAUAGAAAAAGAAACCUGCCUGGAGAAAUUAACCUGCAGGUGUUCUGCUGAGCCCCUCACACCUUGAUGGGAUAUACAGAUUUCAUUCCAAGCAAAUCAGGAUGCAUCGGGUCCACCCCUUGAACCUGACUGGGGAAAGUCCCGAAGGUCUUUAGUCCUUACCUCCUUUUAUGUUUCGCACCCUCGUCCCCUCCAGCCACACAGAGCAGACGAUCCCAGGGUCAGGAGUGGCCAUCUGCACACGGGUGCCUCCUGCUUGUGCUCAGUGCAGUGACGUUAGCAGCCCCUGACGCUCUGGGGCCUUUGUAGAUAGCUGGUCAGAUAGGUUCCUUCUUUCUCCUCAUUCUACACUGGGUGAGCUCUUUGGGGCUAAGCAUUCUUAGAUUUGUCUGGAGCCCCCUUGGGAAAAUGUCUCCUUUUAAAUGGACUUAAUAUGCCUUAAUCAUCUGGGCCCCAUCACGUCAAUUGUCCCACCCCCACCCUGGAGCUUUCAUCUCCACAAAUGAGAAUCUUAUGCAAAAGGCAAACUCUUAUGUAUGCACGAUCUCUCUCUCCCUCUCUCUCUCUCUCUCUCUCUCUCUCUCUCUCUCUCUCUCACUCACUCUCCUCUCUCCUCUCCUCUCUCCUCUCCUCUCCUCUCUCUCUCCCUCUCCCUCUCUCUCUCCCUCCCCCCCCAGCAGCCCCAGCUUCAGGAUUCAGGAGGAUAGACCAAGGCACGUGGGUUUAGGCAAAUGAGUUUUCCUUGGUGCAUCCCCAGGAGUGAGCCAAUGUCAGGUUAUUGCAAAGGAGCGAGGACAGAGAUGGGCAGAAGCCAGGGUUCUGCAGCCUUAGAGACUGAACCGCGGAUUUGGGAAAAUCCUAAUGCGGUCUUCUUGCACUUGGCAAUUUUUCACCGUGAUGCCCCCAGGUGACCUUGGGUACUGGGUAAUUACAGAGCUAACAAUGCAUCCCCCCCCCCCCAGUCUGGACGCUUAAGCUGGGGGCAGUCCCUAUGGUGAUGGAGAGCUGUGGGGUAGCCUGGAAUGUGCCUUCCCCCCCUGCCACGUGUGAGAACGUGAAAGCAGCCAUCCCGUGGGGGUAGGAGGGAGCCACUGGGAGCAGGCAGGACCCGCUCCGGGUGUCACAGGGGCUCUCCCCUGGGCUCGGCCUCUGUAGCAUGUGUGCGACGCUGGAAUUCCAGGCAGGCCAAGGCGUUGGAAGCUGGAGCCACAAAGAAAGCCGCAAGCACACGUGGGCUGAAUCUUCACCACUCUGCGUCUCCCUCGGCACCCAUCCCCUUCUAGAAUUUUCUGCCGUCUGGAUUGGCUCCUGUUGAAAGAGAGUGGGGCAGAAAGCCAGGGUGUCGCCCGAGGUCUUCGGUCACAGGGCCCUGGACGUCAGCACCCGCGCUGUCGCGUCGCUUCCACGGCUCGGGCACCAGCAGUCCCUCGACAGCCCCCAUGGUGUCCACGCCAGCAGAACGUGAUACUGCUGCCUACAGGAGAACUUGAGUUUUUUAAUGAUCUCACGCCACACGGCCUUACAGAUCCCGCACAGAGGGGGCUCACGGAAGUAAUAUAUUGUGUAAGAGAAGAUAUUUUCUACUGUGUUGUUUCCUACUUCACACCACUCCCCUGGAAUUCCUGCACUUCGGAUGGUUGGCAUCCUCCAGACAAGGGGAGGUGGAAAUUAUAUAAAUGCCUCUAUAUAAAUACGGUAUAUAUUUUCCUAACUUUUUUGCUCAGUCCCUUGACUUGAGUCAUGACAGAAAAAACACACUUGAGUUCUGUGUGUGGGAAAAUCCAGCGUCCUUGCCUUAGGAAUCCACAAGCUGUCGGAACUCUGAACCAGAGGCACUUUGUCCAGUCCCAGAAAGAACCCCUAAGCGUACGACUGAGAAGUCAUGGGGAAAAAAAAAAACCUCUAUUUUUAAUGUUAAACAAAAAUACGUGGGGGCUCCGUGGACCUCACAGGGUAUUGGAUGUCUUAAGUGCUUUUCUAUUUUGUAAUUGCAAACAGCUUUCCUAUGCACAGAGGAGCAGCUGGGGAACUGGCCGGCUGCGAGGAAUCGAGGUGACCUUUGCAUGUACAGAGAUGUGGCAUCCAGACUGCGGAAACAGCAAAUAAAGCUUUGACAGGAGUUGCA